AUGGCAUUAACAGUCUUCAAGUCCAUGGGACAACAGCUUCGAGAAGAAGUCGAAAAGUCCCUCUCAUAUCCAAUCACCAUGUUGGGCGUUGCGCAUCCUGUCUUCUUCGGCAAGAAGGAUCGAGAUAGCCUAAGAGACGCCGUCCUAGAAGCCGGUUUCAAUCCAUCUCGAAGUUUUCAACUGACCAGUGGCCAUUUCGCAACGGCCGCCGGAUACCGUGUCCGACUGUGUAGAUGUCCGAUGCUUAGGGAUUUAUGCUCCGAACUCUCGCCCCGUGGGAAGGAAAUGGUCUUGUACGUCGAUUACACCGAGUUUGCGAUUACCAUCGUUCUAUAUGAGGUUACUAAACCCGAAGAAUGGAACAACGGAGGGGUUUUUUAUGUGCAAACAGUCCCCAAGGAUGCCGCACAUUAUGGGGUUCACGGUAAUGUCAAUGUGGAAGAAAAGCCAACAGUCUUACCAACAGCAUCAUCCGACUUCUGGAACAAGACUAUGGAAAUUCUUAGAGACAUGGCAUCGGAGACUCUCCAGAACAGAGUAGAUUAUCUCCUUCUCACCGGUACCCAGGCGGCGGAUCACGAACUUCACGAGGCUCUCAAAAAAAGUUUGGGUGCAAGAUUCAAUCGUUUUCCUCUCCCGAGAGAUGCUCCUUCAACGCAAAACUGGCUGUUCACCCCUCAAAACGCCGAUCCGCUUCUUGUGACCGCCCAGGGAGCCGCCGACCUAAGCUGGCGGGCGGAAAUGGGGAGGGAUUGUCUCGACCCUUGUUCAACUUGGAAGCAUCAUGUCCCACAGUGCUUGCCAAUGACAUCGGGUUUCCGUGCUGGAGCAGGCUCACCACAUCUAUCGUUGGAUUACGGAGCCGCUACGAAUACUGACGUGGACGAAGUAGAUUUACGCGACGGCAACGAAAAUGGCAUCUCUUCAGCAUCAAACGCACCAGAUUACCUCCCUAGUUCGGCAUGGCAGUUAUUCAUGGGCGGCGAAUUAGCAAUGGAGGGCAUUCAACACCCUGACAGGACUCGCGUCGGCUGA